CAAAUCUCAGGGCUCUUCCCAAUACACCUCACAGCUGCCUAAGGAGACGGACAGAAGCUCACGAAAUGCUUUUAGUUUUAUCAAGUCAGGAGAAAAACGACCUGCCUGCCGCACAGCUUCAUUAGGACGGUCAAGGUCACUUUUAGGGGCAGUGUUACAUUUCAAGUUAGAGGGACACAUAGGCACAACCGAAACGAGGUUGAGUCCAGGUUCUAGGAGAAUGGUCGGGGCCAAGAUACGGCUGGUUCUGAGGUUUUGGAGAGGAGUCAACCCAGGUGACGCGCUUGGACUGGCUGACAAGAGAAUGACCAUAAGUCAAAGAAUCGAUUUCAGAUCCUUAAUCAGUUGGACAGCCUCCCUGAGUCGGAAAAUGGGGUUAAUCUGCACCAGAUUCGCGGCUGGCAUCAUGGCAGAACGGGCCUUCACGAAUCCCUAUCCCGAUUAUAACAAAUCCCAGGCCGCGGGAUACUUUGAUGCUUAUGGGAGGCUUACUUCGGAGUUCUUACAUCGUAUAAACAAUAAGAUUCGAGACCUUCUUCAGCAGAUGGAAGUAGGCCUAAAAUCAGCUGACCCUCGGGACUGCACCAUCUACACUGGAUGGGCAGGCAUUGCUUUACUGUACUUACAUCUCUAUGAUGUAUAUGGAGACCCAGUCUACUUACAGAUGUCCCAUGAAUACAUAAAAAAGAGCUUAAACUGCCUGACCAAGCGCACUAUCACCUUCCUUUGUGGGGAUGGUGGCCCAUUAGCAGUGGGAGCAGUAGUCUACCACAAGAUGGGGAAUGAGAAACAGGCAGAGGACUGCAUCACUCGCCUACUCCACCUGAAUAAGCUUGACCCCCGAGCUCCUGAUGAAAUGCUAUAUGGACGAAUGGGCUAUGUUUAUGCUUUACUUUUUGUGAAUGAGAACUUUGGACAAGAAAAGAUACCUCGGCACCAUAUUCAACAGGUCUGUGAAAUGAUAUUAUCAUCAGGUGAGAAUCUUGCCAGAAAGAGAAACUUCAUUUCAAAGACACCACUGAUGUACGAAUGGUAUCAAGAAUAUUAUGUAGGGGCUGCCCAUGGACUGGCAGGUAUUUACUACUAUCUGAUGCAGCCUAGCCUUCAGAUAAGCCAAGUGAAGUUGCAUAAUGUGGUCAAGCCCAGCAUUGACUAUGUCUGCCAGCUGAAAUUUCCUUCUGGCAACUACCCUCCAUGUGUGGAUGAUUCCAGAGAUCUCCUUGUCCACUGGUGCCAUGGGGCCCCUGGGGUUAUCUACAUGCUCACUCAAGCACACAAGGUAUUCAAAGAGGAGAAAUAUCUUACUGAUGCCUUGAAAUGUGCUGAUGUGAUCUGGAAGUUUGGAUUACUCAAAAAAGGAUAUGGAUUGUGCCAUGGUGCUGCAGGGAAUGCAUAUGCUUUCCUGACAUUAUACAACCUCACCACUGACUUGAAAUAUCUAUACAGAGCUUGUAAGUUUGCCGAAUGGUGUCUAGAUUAUGGAGAACAUGGAUGCAGGACUCCUGAUACACCUUUCUCCCUCUUUGAAGGAAUGGCUGGAACAAUUUAUUUCCUGUCUGACCUUCUCGUUCCUGCAAAAGCCAGAUUUCCAGCUUUUGAACUGUGAAAGGCUAAUAAACAUGUCCUUACAGCUCACUGCAUGCCCAUUGCUACAUAUGCCGACAUUAAGCUACAGUGAGUCAUUGCUUUUCACCUGCCUUUCUCAACUCAAGAGACCAAACUUUGUGUUUAAAUAAUUGGUCUUUUCCACACUAAUCUGCUUGAUAUCUUUUGUGGCAUUUUCUUUAUGUAGACGGGUGAGAGAAAAAAAUACCUUUUGGUUAUUUUCCUAAAAGGGAGUGAAACGUAUGGUAUUUUGUUGGAAACAUGUAUAUUGCAGAACUUGUAAGAAACUAUUCAUUUAAUAUUUUCAAUGUGAUUUAAUGUUCAUACAGUUCUCAUUACUGUACUAAAAAUUGAAUUGUAGUUAAAAGAUUAAUAAAUAACUGUUAGUGGAAGGUACCACUUCUUAAAUAUUCAUUUUCCUUUGGACUGUGGAAAAGAUAUUAUUAUAGGGGACAGAGAUAUAUUUCCUCUGGAAAAUUGCAGAAGUCACAAGCUAGACCAAGAUACCUGAAUACCUUUCUUAAAUUCACAUUGUCUAUUCAGAGUUUAAUGCACUCAUAUUUUUAUUAGUGGAUAUAAGCUAGCAUUUGUAUAGAAUUCCCAGAUUGAAAAAAAAAAUUAAAUAUAUGUUAAUCUAAAAAUUUUUCUGUAAUGUUUUGAUAAAGUUCAAAGUAUGCUAAUAAUUAAAUGUUUAUUAUUUUUGGCUCUAGGUAAAUGCUCUGAAUUUUGGAAUGCUCAUUACCAUGAGAUCAGUGAGACAUAUUUUUGUUUAUUAAUAUUGUGAUUUUUUUCACCUCCCUGAGCCUUUUCUUCCAUUUUACUUGCUUUGUGAUCACUGUGCUUUAGAACUGCUUGCUAAUGUUGUAGAGUAUUUUAAUUUCUAUCAAGUUAUAUGAGCCUGACCUUCUUAUUUUAAUAGGAUAGGACUUAUCCCACUUUUGUUGCAAAGGUCAAGGAAAAUUCAGCCAGCCAACUUCUUGAAAACAGAGCCCCUCAGACUUCGGUAGCAUCUGUUUAUUUAGUUGUGGUAUUAUCUAAUGAGAACAGGUAAGUGGCACAGUGGAUAAAAUGUUCACCCAGGCAUCCGGAGGACCUGAGUUCAAAUUUGACCCUAGACAUUUACUAGUUGUGUGAGUGGGCAAUUCUGUUUGCCUGAGGUCUGUCUUCUUCUAUAAAAUUGAGCUAGAAAAGAAAAUGUCAAAUACUCCAGUAUUUUUGCCAAGAAAGCCCAAAUAGGGCCACAAAGACUUGGAGAAGACUGAACAAUAGCAACAAAUUACCUAAUGAUUUUGUUCAACACAAAUAAUAGAACAGUCUUAGGCACCUGGUUUGCACCUAGUUCUAAUCUCAUGAGUAAACAAAGCUGGGCUUCCCCUAUUGGGCAAAUGAUUUGACUCUGGUGGGCUUAUUUGGAUGUUUGUGCUUAAUACCCCACCGAACAAAUCGAGCCUCUACUAAAUGCCCACGGGCCUUUUGUUUUUCUAAUUUUUGUCUUUAUGGCAUUUUUCUGCCAUAUUUCUAAUAAAAGUGAGUUGAAUGCUACCUAUCUUUAACUGGAAACCAAGAUUCUGAUAAACUAGGCAGAAAGUUACCUAUGGCCAUUAGCCAAAAAAAAAAAAAAACUAACUAACUAAAAUAUAGUGAUUCCUGAGCAGAUAAAACACAAAUUACAGAGUUGUUAAAUCAUAAAUAAAAACUUGUUUCACUGACUUCAUGAUAACAAAAAUAUGCGCAUUAAAAAAAAUACUUCCCCAGUAGAAAACAUUUGUGUGUUACAGUUUGCCAUUUUCUGAGUCUUCAGAAUUAGAUGUGGGAUGGUUUUGCGGUACCAGUGGCUCUUCCCCUGACUCAUGGAUUAUGGACACUCUCCUUUACUGCUAUCUUGGAAGGAUCAGUUGGACCUUGCCUCUUACUCUCUUUUUUCUAUAGCUUUUUGGGACUCUUACAGGGCUUUAAAAAAAAAAAAGAGUUUAAGAAAAUAGAAUGUAUAUAUUUGACCAGUGUCUCCCUGCAAGAACAAAAAGAAGCUGCUUCUGUUGAAAUCUGUCAUUUGAGCUACAAACUGGCCCCUGGUGUUGACAUCCUUAUUAUUUUCCCUGUAGCCUAAAAAUAGCUAAUAGUAGUGGACAUAAUUUAAACCUUUAAAUACUGCUGUUAAUAGACUCUAAAAACACUUAACCUACACAAUUUCCUGGUAAGUCUUUCUGUGGAUUGUGCAAAUUGUGGGGGGUUCCCUGCCCCCCCCUUAUCUUUCUAAAGUGCUGUGGGUAAGCUGUACCUUCCUUUUGAAAGGUUUCAGAUCAGCUGUGUGGACAGUUAUAGUAAUAAGAAAAUGUAAUGCACAGCAAUGCUAAUCUGCCUUUGGCUGAUUGUGAAGAAUAAUAAAGCGCAUUUGGUUUAGCUCCAUGUCUGCGGUACUGUUUUUGUACUUCUCCAUAAACAGUUGCUAACCAAGGCAAAAGAGAGAGAGGAUGGCAAUGAUUAACUUUUACUGCUUCAGACACUUUUAACUCCAAGUAGACUUCUAUUUUGAUGAAAAUUGUGUUUUCAAUGAGAAUUCUACUUGAUAUUUGGAUUUUAGUUUAACUGGGUUUUUGUUGUUUUACAAAAAAGGGUUUCAAGAAAGUUCUUCAUGAACACCUUAGGUGUGUAACUUUAAAAUCGUUUGCUAUCAAAUAAUUCAUGAAUUACCUUAAGAUAAAAGGCUAGUAAACCUCCCUUGAUGUAAACACAAUUGAAUUAAUCAAAUCAUACAAUUGAAGUGUGGUUGCUAGAAAUUUUUAAGUGAGAUUUUUAGUUGGUAGUGUUGAAUUUUGUGGCAUCUUUUUCAUUUUACCUAGAAUCAGAGACAGCAAAAAGUAGGAAACCUCAACUCAAGUUUUCUAACAGUUCACAAAAGGGAACAUGGCUUUAAUUUUAUUUGCUUAUUUUGUUUUGCUUUUAAGUAUCUUUGCACUUAUUUGUGUCCCAUGAACUUUAUUUUGAAUUUUUAUUAAAACCUCACCUCCUAAAAGUUAAUUACAUGAAAAUUCAUUUACAUUUCCUUGUCUUGGGUUUGUUUUUUUUUCUUUUUUUUUGGUAUGUAUUCUUCCUGGACCUAAGAUAGUGAAACAAGUUUAGCAUAUAUAUUUAAAAUGUUAGUAUUUAUUUAUGAUAUAUUCCUGUCUACAGUAAUGAGAAAUUUUCAGAGCUAUUUUUUCAUCACUGUAUAAAAUUAACAUUUUUUUUUAGCCCUUACCUUUCUGUCUUGGAAUCAAUACUUUGUAUUGGUGCCAAGGCAGAACAGUGGUCAGGGCUAGGCAAUGGGGUUAAGUGAUUUGCCCAGGGUCACACAGCUAGGAAGUGUCUGGGGUCAGAUUUGAACCUAAAACCUCCCGUCUCUAGGCCUGGUCUCUAAAAUUAACUUUUUAAAGACCGUUUCUCUCUAGUGAGCCUAGUGUCUUUUCCCUUCUUUUUUCUUCCCUUUGAUGCCAGUUGUAACUAUAUCACAUUAGAAACCAUUGUGGUAGGUAGGAUUUUAGGUGGAAGAAGUUAGAUAUAAUGUCACCUUGAACAUUAAUAAUUUCCAUGAAGUAAUGAAAAUGUUUUUCACUGCCACCACAUAGUAUUCUUUUGUAGAUCUCAAAAUACCUUACUUUUUAUAAGCAGAUAGUAAAAAUUACAAAAGUGAUCUCUUACAUACCUACAAUUAUUUCUCCUAGAUUUCCAUUAUUACUUUUACUAUAAACAUUCCCCGUCUCAUUUUCACUUUCUCCAGUAGAUAACAAGGAUACCGUCAAAGUCGAAGCACUCUAUUUCUACACAAAUAUGCCCUUGAUUUAUAGAAGAACUGUUUUCUUCCCAUAAAUUGAUUUGGUUCCUUUGUUUAUUUUAUGUUUGGGGAAAAGAAGACAUACAUAAUUAUUUUAACUUAUUGAUUCUCAAUAAAUGUUUUUAAUAUUGUCA